CUGGACAAGCCGGUUGUGGCGGCCGUGAACGGCGUUGCAGCCGGCGCCGGUUUCAGCCUGGCCCUCGCCUGCGAUAUGCGCAUUGCGUCAACCGACGCCCGGUUCCUGUUGGCCUACGCCAAUAUCGGCUGCACCGCGGAUGGCGGGUCCACCUACAUGCUGCCGCGCAUCGUCGGCCAAGGUCGCGCGAUGGAUAUCUACCUGGCGCGACAACCCAUCGGAGCCCAAUACGCGUUGGACCUGGGUCUCGUCAGCCAGGUAUUCGAACCCGCCCACUUCGAACGGCACGCCAUGGAGACUGCCGACCGGCUGGCCCACGGACCUACCCGCGCGUACGGCAGGGUCAAAGCCCUGUUCGAUAGCAGUUGGGAUUCUGACCUGGCAACACAACUGGAUUCUGAAACCGACGCUAUCGCCAACAUCGGAUUGACGCGCGACUUCCAGGAAGGAAUUAGGGCAUUUUCGCAAAAGCGCCCGGCGUGGUUCCAGGGCGUGUAA